CCCAUCUUUUUACGUAAUUUCUUGUCACUUUUCUCGAAGCAGCCAAAAAUCAGAAGGUCUGAAAGCAACAGAUUUUAUAAGAUACUUUUGAUAAAUCACUCUGAGGUCUUGUUAACCCAUCUUCUGUCUUGGAAAAUACCAAGUGCAAAAUGUCGUACGUCUUCGUUAACGACUCGCUGCAGACCACCGUGCCGCUGCUGCAGGCCUGUAUUGACGGGGAUCUGGCCCACACCAAACGACUGCUAGAGUCCGGUUUCGACCCAAAUACCCGGGACUGCCGUGGGCGGACUGGACUGCAUCUGGCCGCUGCUCGGGGAAACGUGGAUAUCUGCCGCCUGCUGCACAAGUUCGGAGCUGAUCUGCUGGCCACUGAUUCACAGGGCAACACUGCACUGCACAUGUGUGGCCAUGUAGAUACCAUCCAGUUCCUGGUGUCUAACGGCCUCAAGAUUGACAUCUGUAAUCACAAUGGAGCAACUCCGCUGGUGCUGGCCAAGAGGCGUGGAGUGAAUAAGGAUGCACUCCAUCUGCUGGAGGGGCUGGAGGAACAGGAAGUGAAGGGCUUCAACCGUAGCUCUCAUUCUAGCCUAGAAAAGAUGCACAUUACUGAGAAUGAGAGUGCUAUGGAGAGCCACUCUCUUCUCAACCCAGACUUACAUCACAGUGAUGGUGUGCUGUUCAGCUUCCGAACAACGUGGCAGGAGUUUGUAGAAGAUCUUGGUUUCUGGAGAGUUCUUUUGCUGCUCCUCAUCAUCGCUCUGCUCUCACUUGGCAUUGCGUAUUAUGUCAGUGGUGUCUUACCUUUUGCAUCUAACCAACUGGAACUUGUGCGCUAAGGCUUGUUAUAGAUAUACUUCAUCAUUACGAAAACAUAUAUAAAAAUAAUAAUAAUGUUGAUCUGGACUUUUAUUGUAUUUUUUUGCAUCUUUCAUUAGCUGAUGAUUGUUCCAACAGUUACUGAUUGUGUAUAACCAAGCAUCACCAAAUCGUAACCCUAUAUUCUUUGACUGAAUUUAUUAGCCUUUUUUGUGUAUAUUAAUGUAAAUAGACCUUUUAAUGUGAUUCAAAAUUUUACUUUCUAUUUUGAUCUUGCUUGUUUGCUUAAAACUAUUUUGCUUAAACUUGUGUAUUCUGCAUAUUUAUUAUGUUUUUUUGUAACAGUCUAGCUUGCCUCUUUUUCAAAUUCUUUGUUUUUACUGCACAUUUCCUAAUAAUCUGAUAACACAAUUGUCAGAGAUUAAUUUAUUGGAUUUACACAUUAAAGUUUA